CGGCUUCUUGGAAACCGGAGAAGCACAAAGCGUGUUUCUGUCCGGGUUCCAAGUAGCUCUGGCCGCCUCGCACGCGGGCUGCCUGUGCGUCCCUCAUUGGCCGAGAAAGCUGCUGCACCUGCUCUGCCAGUUCACCUGUCACAGGGGAGGGAGGCCGGGCGGCCGGCACUGGAUCUAAUCUAAUAGCAGGAGGCAGCCAGGCAGCUCUGAGUGAGAAGCCAGGUUCUGAGCUCAUUCCUGCAGACUGUUCUCUCGGGCUCAGGCUCAGGAGCCCAGCCGGAGAGCCGCCCGGGCCCAGGCGCAGACCAGGACCAGAACCAGAACCAGGACCAGAACCAGGACCCAGACCCAGACCAGGACCAGGACAAGGACCAGACCAGGACCAGGACUGCCGGGGUCCAACCCCAGCAGGUCCAGGGGUCCCCAAAGGUGUGGACGGAGUCGGCGAAGAAGGAAGGGCACGGAGACAGUGUUCAGUUGAUCAGCAGCCGAGCCAGGAUCUCCAGCCAGGAUCUCCAGCCAAGUUCUGGUCUGGAUCUCCAGAGAGGUUCUGCUUAGGAUCUCCAGCCAGGUUCUGUGUCCAUGUUGUCUUGCUAGGUUCUCCAGCCAGGUUCUGUCACUAGGUUCUAGACCUGCUCCCGGCACAGGACCAGACGAGGACCAGGACCAGGACCCAGACCCUGACCAGAACCAGGACCCAGACCCGGACCAGGACCAGGACAAGGACCAGACCAGGACCAGGACCAGACCAGGACCCAGACCCGGACCAGGACCAGACCAGGACCAGGACCAUGGCCAGUGCGGCGCUGCAGCUGGUGGGCCUGCUGCUGGGCGGGGCGGGCGCGCUGGGCACCGUGGCCGUGACCAUCAUGCCGCAGUGGAAGGUGUCCGCCUUCAUUGGGAGCAACAUCGUGGUCUUCGAGUCGCUGUGGGAGGGGCUGUGGAUGAGCUGCCGCAGCCACACCAACCUGCGGCUGCAGUGCAAGGUCUACGACUCGCUGCUGGCCCUGCCCGCUGACCUGCAGGCGGCCCGCGGGCUGAUGUGCGCGGCCUGCGCCCUGGCCGCCCUGGCCUCGCUGGCCGCCACGCUGGGCAUGCGCUGUACCCGGUGCGCCGGGGCCGAGGCCAAGGGCGCCACCCUGCUGGCCGCCGGGGUCCUGUUCAUGGUGGUGGGCGUGGCGGUGCUGGCGCCCGUGAGCUGGGUGGCCGCCUCCAUCAUCAGGGACUUCUACGACCCCACCCUGGACGACGGCCGGAAGCGCGAGCUCGGGGAGGCGCUGUACCUGGGCUGGGUGUCUGCGCUGCUGCUGGUGUCCGGGGGCGCCGUCCUGUCCUGCGCGUCCUACGUCCCCGGGGAGAGCGGGGGCCCCAGGUACCACCUGCCUGCCCGCCGCGUGGCCCCCAGGAGCUGGCGCUCGGAGAGGAGGCCGGGCAGCGUGCCCUCGCGAAGCCAGUACGUGUAGGUGGGCAGGGUUUUCUUUUCCUCUUUUUAUUUUUUAUUAUAUAGAGACCACAAUGUUUUAUUUUUAAGUGUUUUUUCUUGAGUAUUUUCUUUAUUUCAGAGAGGAAGGGAGAGGGAGAGAGAGAUGGAGGCAUC